GAUUCCAGCUUGUGCAGUGUGUGCUUGCAGAGGGCGAAUUUCUCGAUGCUCGGAAUGAAACGGUUAGCUACAAUGGAAGGACAUGGCGAUCGAAACGCGAUAUAUUGGAGUGCCGCACAGCCGUUGUGGCCAGUCUGUGAAGCUUUCCUUGGCUGUUGCACGCUCGUAACCUCAAAGUGGAAAUUUGGCCAGCCGUUUCGAAAAUGGGUGCUUCAAACUUAGCUCUAUUCCUAACCUGUUUGCUAGUGGUUGGUACGGCUACUGGGCAAGCAGAAGAAAGCAGCUUAGAAGCUGAUGUGGGCCUAGAUGAUUCUCUUGGCGAACAGUCUGCGAGCGUACUUACAGAAAAUAGCAACACUGAGGAGCAAGGCGAUGAUUCACUGCUAGCAGCAUUGUCGAGUCAGGAUACGAACGAAGCUCGCAAAGGUAGCAUCCGCAAACACAACUGGCUGUGGAAGGCUACUUACAACCGGUUUUCAAGUCGUGGACGAAAAGCGACUGUCGGUGGCGGUCGGAAGCUCAGAGGUCGGAAGGGUGGUCGCAAGUCAUCUGCGAUAAAAGGCAAGUACCGCAUUGUCAAGUUCACACGUGGCCAGUGCUCGGUGACAUGCGGUUCCGGCUUCCGUUCCGACACCGUGCUCUUGCGAUGCAGGAAGAGAGGAAAUUGCUUGCAGGACACAAUUCAGAGAAGAACUAGACGCCGACCAUGCCGGCAACCUGCCUGCCCAUUUUCAGAUCGUUAUGUGCUGACAUCGUACAUGCUGGGAGAAUGCAGUGUUACCUGUGGAACGGGAGUCAUGGUUGAAGCGCGUCUCUACAAAUGUAGCAAGAAGUCUGUAUGCAAGAAGUCAGAGUAUACCAAGAACUCAACCUUGAAAUGCACUCGACCAAAAUGCCCACCAGAUGCCAAGUAUUCGGUUGCCGAGAAGCGAGUAGGCGAAUGCAGUCGUACGUGUGGUGCUGGUGUCAAGGUGAUCAAGGUGACUGUUGCCUGUGUAGGACAGGACUGCUGGAAGCCGAGGCGCGUGCGAACGUACGUUCGGUCUUGCCGCUUGAGGCCUUGUCCUGUAUCGGAGUGGCAGAGGUUUGGCAAGUACAGUGAAUGCUCAAGCAGCUGCGGACGAGGUGUUCAGAGUCGGCAGAGGGCAUGCAGCACUGGCAAUGCCUCUGAGUGUUCUGGAGGGACCAGGACUGCACUGCGCUGGAGAUUCUGUCGCAGUACGCCAUGCAGAGAACUUCGACUAUCCACAUCAUGGACUGCCUGGUCUGAUUGCACGGCUCAGUGUGGCUAUGGUGUGCAGUCACGGACUCGCUUCAAGCAGCGCGACUGCAACCUAUUCCGCUCUCUCAGGCACACAUACGGCCGACGAAAUGUCUUUGUUCGGCCACAGCCACUUGUCAACAUGAGAUGGUGCUCAAAACUAGCACCGUGCAAUACUACAGUGUCUACAUCUCCGACGGCUGGUGAAGACUCCACGGCAAGUCCACUGGAGCAACAGACUACCACGGGAAGUCCACUGGAGCAACAGACUACCAUGGGAAGUACAGCAAUGACUACGGACAUAGCGUUCACCACCAAAGCCACCACUACGCCACUACCUCCGACACCAACACCGACACUGAAACCGACACCAGAGGCUGCAAAGACGACCGGUGCUGAGAUAGUGACGACGCUUCCUGAGGAGCCCGAAACACAUGUGAUCACGAAGCCUACAGUGUCAACAAGCUCAGAUGAGACACUGGGUGAAGCAGGUGAUAUCCUAGUGACGGGUGAAGAGCCUGAAAUAAUCUUGCAGCCAGGGGACGGCCAAGAAGCGGUGGCCAUCACUGAAGAAGAGGGCGAAGCGUACCAACUAGAAGACGAGCUUGCCGAUGAUGAGCCAUUAGUGGCCAGUAGCACUGGGUCUACGGAUAACAAACCCAGUGAAACGAAUCUACCUGCUGUCAAUGAUCUGACCGAUGAAGAGAUAUUAGAGGAUGCCCAAAGAGAAGACCAAGUCCGGAUAAAAACAGCAAGCGAGACUGAGGCUCCUGCAAACCUCAGUAUAUGGAACAGAAUUUUGAAUUCUCCUCCAUCGAAAGAUGGUGUUUCACUAGCCCAGCAUGAAACCGAAAGUCAAGCAAAGUCAGAUGGGCCUAGUUCCCGUAAUCCCGCUUUGGCUAUGGAGCCAUUGCAGACCCAACCAGCAACAACAGAACAAAGUCACUCUGGGAACAACGGACGGGGAAAUUCAGCUGUGAGGCAGUUUGAGCAGCAUUCAGGCGACACAGCAGCUCAUGGCAAGGCUGGAAAGACGAACAGGAGGGAGAGCAAGCCUAGUGAUGCGGCAAUGGUGGACGGCAACAUGCCUCGUCAUCAGUUUGUACGCGAGCAGACUGCCGUGCAAGAUAUCCCGAAGAGUGCAGAGGACUCCUCGUUCGGUGGCAAUGAUGAAAGCGACGAGGCAGUGAACGCUGAUGAAGAGGAGAGUUUGGAAGAACUGCUACAAGACCUCUCUAUGGAGAACGCCUUCAAGUAACUAACGCCUUCAAGUAAAACAGUGAUAAGAUAUUUUUCUUUUACGUUUUCAUUUCACAUCGCUCUCCCAUGUUCGUUUUAAGAGAGAUUUCGUGCAAAAUAUGUUGGUAACGUUCACAGAAGGUUUCUCUGAUAAGAAUGUCCUAUAGGAACACAUGAUCAACCUGAGAUUCAGUAAUCGAUCGGUUCAUGUAGUUUCACAGUGAGCAGUGAGUUUCACAAGUUCAAAGAUAUCCUUCUCCCAAACCCAUGAUGUGCAGCUUGUAUGUUCACUCUUCGUUUCUAAUGCUUAUCACUUUUCAUCCGUGUGUGCAUUAUAAGUAUCUUAUUUCAAUCAA